UUGAUCUGAGUUUUCGAUUUCGGUUACCCUCGCAGUGCUGUACAUACAUCCACCUUUUAAACUAAUUGAUUGAUUGAUUGAUUGAUUGACCGAUUGAUUAUCGAGCGGCGUGAAAAAUGCAAUACAGUAAACCCCUGUCCGCAAUACUGCUGGGUAGUCUCCUGUUAAUGGGCCUGGCCAUGGCCCAGGAGGAUCGCUCCUCGGAUGCCCCCCAUGUGCGGCACAAGCGUGGAAUCUUCUGGGACUUUUUCCAAAAAAUGGUCAUUACCAAGAACCUGAUAGUGGAUCAAUAUACGGACACCAGGAACACCCUGAAUGAUAUAUACAACACCGUCAACGAGCAGUUCAGCGAUCCGGGCCCGGCGAAGCCCACCAGUCGUCCACGCAGCACAACCGAGAAGGCGUCCGUCAGUGGGGAGGACAGCGGAGGUGGGAGCAGCAGCAGCGAUGAGCCCACGACCACAGAAGCAUACAGGAUAUCCCGCUACGAGCUGGGCCGCAUCCUGGGCCGCAACUUCCGGGGCUUGCAGCGCCUGGCGAUGAGCGAGUUUGGAGAAGCCCUCAAUGCCACCAAGUACAAUCUGAAGGAGUACAAGUCCGAGGCGGAUCAGCAAUUCGCCAACAGCCUGGCUGUCGAGAAGAAGAACAAACUGAAGAGUCUCAAGGGCUGACACUUGUAGGAUACCACCCCUCACUCCCAACCAGUGCCUGAUAGUAGUUGUCUCUGUGAUAGGCUUCCUGCAUUACUACAUAUACAUAUAUGAUAUCUAUUAUUAUUUUUUUUUUGUUUGUUUCUUGUUAUUUAUUUGCCAGUCUCCCUGUUUGGCUAUGGAAUAAAGUGGGGAAUGCGGAUGGGUGGGAAGUUUGAAUGUCCCCAAAUG